AGUGUUUACAUGUUAUGACUGUCGUGGGAGGUUGAACGAAGUGAUUAUACGAUUACCUGAGCAACAACAAAGAGAAUAAAGAAUGCGAACACCCGAAUUACCUAUGGCUUUGUGCUUCUCGCUGUAAAGAACUCAAGUGACAUUUCAUGGCAACAGUUUUCAGUAUGGUUACUACACUAUACCUAGUGAAUAUUAUCAUGUUGAUGUGUGUGACAACUGCAGUCUUUGAAUCAAUGACUGGGCACUUACUGCCAUUUGGCUCACACCGACUAGCGGACAUUGAGACAGCUGAGGUUGAUGUCGUCCCUGGCCCAAGAGACUUCUGGGAAAAUUAUGUAAAACCGAGGAAAUCUGUUGUGUUUCGUGGAGCUGCCAAGAAAUCAAGGGCAUAUAAUUUGUGGACUGAAGAGUUUCUUAUCCAAGAGUAUGGAAACCUUACACUAAGACUAGAAGCUAAAGCAGAGGCCGAUUACCGCAUGCCAAUAGGUGGACUAGGAGUUCUUGGAAGGGAUAAUGUCAGUCACUUUAUAAAGAACUACCAAACAAUGAAUGCUUAUGUAAUCUCUCAGAUACCACAGCCCAUGGAGAAAGAUGUUGCGAUACCCCCAUGCCUUAGAUGUGGGUCCUUUGCACAAAGUCUCCAAGAAGUCCAUUUAUUUCUAUCAGCUGGAGGAGGCAAGACUUUGAUACACCGCGACCCUUACAGCACUAUCCAUUGUGUGUUUAAUGGAAGUAAAGACUGGUUAAUCAUUGACAGAGAUCAGACUGACCUUAUAUACAUGUCUGAAGACUCACAAUAUGAACUUGGGGGUUACUCAUUAGUAGAUGUGGACUCAGUUGACCUUUUAGAGUUUCCAAAAAUUAGAGAUGUAAGAUAUUCUAAGGUUACUAUGAACAAAGGAGAUUGUAUAUUUGUACCUGGUGGAACAUGGCAUCAAGUCAGAUCAAGAGGGUACAUGAAUUCAGCUGUUUCUAUUUGGUUUUCACGCCUUUAUAGUUUCGACGACAAGGGAUGUGAUGUUGCCAAUAUUGACUUCACAUCUUUAAAUAAUGUUCAAGUCCUGUGGCGGUUCUCAGGACAUGGUACACUUACACAGGGCCAUAUGGAUGUCCAUUUUUUGAGGUGGUUGUUAGUGACAUCUGCCGACAGGGAAGGGAAAAUUGACAUUAAAGAAUUCACCAGGCACUUUUUUACAACACACAAAAAAACCUCAAAGUCAGGUCUUCUGGAAGGGAGCAUUGCAGACAGAGCAAAGAAAUUCAUUGAAUACAUUGACCCUGAAAACACUGGAUUUAUCUCAAAAGAAACAGUUGAGAGCUUCUCUCUUGAAAAAAUGAAGGAAAUCCUUGUGAAAUUCUUUGAUCCUUGUGAUGUAAGCAACACAGAAGACUUUGAGUACAGUCAUAUUGAAGUGAAAGAUAUCAAGACAGCUUUGUCUUUGUCUUUGGAUGACAUGGGGUAUUUUGAUCCAAAAAUAUUCUUGGACAAUUAUCAAGAGAUUGGAGGAACACUAGCUAAAGGCAAUGAGAUCUUGGCAAACCUUGGAGUAAAUGGAAAAACAGCACUGCAAGGAAUAAUGGAGAAAUCAGAUGCAGCAUUGCAGAAAUUUCAUACUUCAUCAGUUCAUGAUCCUUCCUUUGAGCACAAGAUGAUAAAGCACCUUAGUAAACAUGAAGAAUUGUAAUUUACACUUUUAUUGCUUGGAAUUAGAAGAGAGUAACUGGAGUGAACACACCAUUUACUUAAUCACACAAAAUAGAGCAAAAGAGGCUUAUUAGUUAACUUUCACUGCGCUCAGUCUAAAACCUAUAAAUAAACAAAUAUUGCUCCUACUGCUAAUUAGUCCUAAUUAGUGUUGAAAACAAAAGAAUUAGCAUAAUUUAGUACUAUUUUAUACUAUUUUUGUUUCACGGAUAAUUUGAAGUAAAUUUGCUCUAUUUAAUAUAUUUACAAAGUAUCCAUAUCCAGUUGGAGAAAAUUCACUGAAGUAUUUGUUUAUUCAUUUAAUUAAUUAUUUAUUUCUAUGUGCAAAUUGGUGAAUAAUCAGUUGAACAGCAAGCACUGAUUUACAUGUCAAAUUAUGAUAAUUGAUCUAUAAAUAAUGUGAGGAAUAAAUUGUGUAGUUCCAUGAAUGGGUUUGUUUGCCAGAAUCCCAGCAAUAAAGAUGAAACAAAUGAUGAAUGAAAACAA